AUGCCACAACUCGAAGAAUGGGAAAUCAAAAAGUACUGGGAGAUCUUCCAGGGUCUCAAGCCACAAGAUAACAAGCUCAGUGGGUCGAAAGUGUCACCCGUGUUAAAAAAUUCACAACUUCCUCAAGAUAAAUUAUCAAAGAUUUGGGAGCUUUCGGACAUUGAUAGCGAUGGAAAUUUGGAUUUUGAAGAGUUUUGCAUAGCUAUGAGGCUUAUCUUUGAUAUAGUUAACGGGAGCCAGCUGGACGUUCCCGCGGAGCUUCCCGGAUGGCUCAUUCCAGCUUCUAAAGCGUAUUUGAUACAAGCUAAUCGGGCGGUAGCAACGGGAAAUAAUCAAUAUGAUGGUGGAAGAAGCAGCAAUGAUGACGAAGAAGACGAAGAAUUGCUCUCUGAUGACUUUGAUUGGUAUAUUUCUCCCACGGACAAAGCCACUUAUGAGUCGAUAUACAAUUCCAACAGUGAUUCGUAUGGACGAGUUCGAUUUCAAAGUCUUGAAGGGUUGUAUCAGACAUUGACCAAAGUGCCUAAAGAAAGCAUUUCUUCAGCAUGGAACUUGGUGAAUCCAAAGUCGUUUGAAACCAUUGAUAAAGACCAAACGUUGGUAUUUCUUCAUAUUCUUAACCAGCGCGAAAAUGGUAAACGAGUACCCCAUGGAGUCCCUGCUUCGCUCCGUGCCACUUUUUCUAAGGAAACUCCAUCAUAUGACCUUUCUGAGUCGGUACCUCAAGUCUCUUCACCUACAAGUGCAAACAAUAAAAAGGCUUUUGGUGAGAGUUACUUGCAAAAAGUUGGCCGUAGCACCACCAAUGAAAGAGGAACAGACUUUUCUGCUACAGAGGGUACCGACUGGGAAGAGGUACGUUUGAGACGUGAGCUUGCCAAUUUGGAAGAUCUUUUGAAUAAAACAUCAAAAGAAUCAUCCACCACACAAACCAAUGAAUUGGGAGUUACCAAGCACGAAUAUGAGCAAUUGUUGAAGUACAAGGAAGAGCAACUCAAGGUUAAGCCCGACAAGAACUUGACCGAUGUAAAGAACGAUAUUGAGUUGAUCGAAGGCCAAGUACGAGAACUCGAGCAGUAUUAUGCUCGCAAACAGGCAGAACUACAACAGUUGGACCAAGAAAUAGCACAACUCAGUUAA